CAAAUGUCAAGCAAAAACUAUUUAGAAGUUUGAUUUCUUCCUGUGGCGUGAAAUUUUGUUGUUUUUAUAGUUUCCAAUUAUUUUAUUACACACAACAACUUAUUAUUAAAUCAUGGAAGUUAAAGAAUGUAGUGAUUUGACAGAAGAGAAUCAAUUCAUCGUUGACGAUGUGAGUAAAAUUAUAAAAGAAGCCAUUGAAAAUUCCAUCGGAGGCACGGCCUAUCAACAUAAUAAAGUUAAUCAGUGGACAUCGGCAGUUGUGGAGUCUUGCUUGAGCCAGCUAACUAAGUUACAAAAACCUUAUAAAUAUAUAGUAACCUGUACAAUUAUGCAGAAGAAUGGUGCGGGACUUCACACAGCCUCUUCGUGCUUUUGGGACAAUAAUACCGAUGGAUCCUGCACUGUGCGUUGGGAAAACAAGACUAUGUACUGCAUUGUGUCUGUCUUUGGCCUCGGCAUAUAACAUUUUAUUGCACAACUAUUAUAUAUCAAUCACAAAUCUUCAAAAACAUAGAUUUUGAGAAAUAGCAUAUUGUACAUAAAUUGCUGCUUAUCACUACAACUCAAUUAAAAAAAUAUAUAAUGAGUACGUAACAUCAUAUAUAUUGUUUAAAUUAUUGAUAGAUAUAAUUAAAACCCAGUAUAGAAUGUAAUGGGAAUUAGACGUAAAAAUUGUGUUUUGUUUAAUUUUUCCAAUCGUUUUGAUCUUAAAUUGUAACAAUGAUAUUUCACUUUAUACUAAUUUUCUUUUCCUCAAUUGAAAGUUAAGUUUAAAAGUCAUUACAUAAUUUUAAGUAAGUAGGAUAUAUUUUCUUACACAAUAAAUAUAUUCAAAGC